CCCUUCAGGUCCAAGGCUUUCACUUUUCCUUUCCUUUCCUUUCCUUAAGCUCGAAGCCUUUCACUUUCUCUCUCUCUCUCUCUUUCUCUCCAAAACCCUCGGUUUUAAGAAACAAAUCCAACAUGGACGCACCAUUCGACUACGACGAAGACGAAUCUGAUCAAGCCUGCGUGCGUGGACAUGGAUUCAUCUGUUAGAGCAGUUGAAAAACUUCUCGGUUACAGAUUUCAGAACAAAAAACUCUUAGAAGAGGCCUUAACUCAUUCUUCCUACAUCGAUUCCGAGUCUUACGAACGCCUCGAGUUCUUCGGCGAUGCCGCUUUGGGUCUCGCAAUUUCCAAGUAUUUGUUCAUAAUCUACCCUGAAAUUGACCCUGGCCAACUCACUCUCCUCCGCACCGUCAAUAUCAGCACUGAGAGGUUCGCUCGUGUCGCCGUCCGACACAGGCUCUAUUCAUAUGUCCAACGCCGUAAUGUUGCCGCUCUUGAUGGCAAGGUUAGGGAUUUUACUGAAGCGGUUCAGCAAGAAGAUGAUACGAACGUGUACGGUGGAGAUGUGAGGGCACCGAAAAUUCUCGCGGACAUUGUGGAAUCUUUGGCAGCCGCUGUAUAUAUUGAUUGUGAUUAUGAUUUGAACAUUUUGUGGGGGGUGCGUGCAACAACCACAACCGGUGACGAUGCUUUUGAGCUAUGCCAGAAGGAAAGAAAGCGGCUGGAUAUAAGGAAUCGAAAGAAAGGGAAGACAAACAUUACUAGUGUUUGUGUAGAUGGGAAAUUUAUUGCCUCUGGUCGUGCAGAUCAGACAAAACAAGCGAAGCUUAAUGCAGCCAAGGCAGCUCUGAAGAAGUUGUCAUAUUCUACAAUCAGUGAUGAGAUGAAAGGAGCAAAACAGAAGUUACAAGAACUUUGUGGCAAGAAGAAAUGGCCAAAACCAAGUUAUAGAAUUGAGAGAGAGUCAGGUCCUGAUCAUAAGAAGAGAUUCAUAUGCUCAGUUCAAAUUGAAACUACAGAAGCUGUGCUGUCUGUAGAGGGAGAUGAAAAGUGGAGGGUAAAAAAUGCAGAGGCCUCCGCAGCUUCUAUGAUGCUCCAACACUUACUAGAAACAAGGCAUACAUGA